AUGAAGGCAGAAGUGGUUCUACCUUUCCUCUUCGUUCUUAUGCCGUCUCUGCGUGGACUUCAAGAUUUUGUCAACUACUUUUUGGAUGCUACACAUGAAGAAACAGUCAUUGGAAGACUUAACGACAAUAUUGUUCUCCCUUGUUUAUUUGAGAGUGGGCCUGAGGUUGUAAUUCACUGGAAGAUUCUAAAUUACUAUGUUCACAGCUUCUAUAAAGAUCGUGACCAAUUGGAAAAGCAAAAUGUCAGAUACGCAAAUAGGACCUCACUGUUUGAUAGCAAAAUCUGCAGCGGGAAUGCUUCUGUCUCUCUCAGAAGAUUAAGCUUUCAGGAUGAAGGAAUUUAUAUCUGCUAUGUGGGAACAUCCGAUGGACAAACUACAAACAAAGUAGUGUUAAAGGUGGGAGCUUUCCUCGGGCCUGUGAUCGAGUAUGACCUGGGGAACACAUCCAUCUUCCUAACAUGCUCUCUAACAGCUUAUCCUCAACCAACAAUCACAUGGCAAGUGGACAAUACAACUGUCUCUGGAAGGACUGUGAAAGGGAGGGGACCUUUACCUCUAUUUGAUAUGAUAAGCACACUGAAUAUUACAGAUUACCACAAAUCUUACGAAUGUAUCAUUGAGAAUCCAUUGCUGAAACAAACUUGGACAGGGCGAUGGACCAUGAGAGAAAAUGUGCAUAAAUUGCGAAACGAAGCCAUUUCACUCCCGUGUCAACUUGACCACACUUUUUCUCUAUCAAAUCAAGACUUCGUCGUCACUUGGUCCAGAAUAAAGAAUGACACUUCUUCAGUGCUGGCUUAUUUUAACUCUUCACAAAGCACAAUUAUCAAGGACUCCCGAUUCUCAUGGAACCAGUUGCCUAGAAUCCAGCGUGAUUUCUCUUUGACUUUGAAAGUUGUUCAUCUUUCAGACAGUGGGGACUAUUUAUGCAACAUUUCUUCAAGCAAAUAUAGUUUACUCACAGUGAACAGACUGUAUAUAGAUGCUUCUGCUUCAUAUGAACCAGAUACUCAAGAAUACCGGGAUUUGAUUAUUGCAAUUUCGGUGAUUUUGCCACUUCUGAUAGCUUCGGCGGGUUUGGUGUUUAAGUACCGUCAUCGAAUUUGUAUUUCAAGAAACAAUGACCCGACCACAGUUCCUGAACCAGAAGAGCAGCCUGCUGAUAGAACUGCAGAAAAGAAAGGCACCGAGCUAACCAAGCAGCUGGUGGACCUAAACAUUUCUAUUCACGACCUUUAUUUCCUGUAUGGCUUAGACACCAUGUCUUUCCUCUGCAUAGACCCCCGCUUACCAUCACACUCUCUGGCCUCUGCUGCCUUCAAGGUCAUGAAUUGUAAGACAAUAGAGUUCGCAGCAGCUAUAGGAGAGACUGCGUGA